GUAACGUCUCGAAUCAAAUUCAGAUAGUCUUGCGUCGUCUACAACAAGCUUUCAAACUCAAACAACUUGGAGACAUUGCGUUAUUCUUGGGUAUUCAGGUCAUUAAAACUAAUACUGGAUAUUUCUUAAGUCAAUCUCACUAUGCAAAAGAAUUACUCUGUACUGCAGGUUUUACGGAUUGUAAGCCAGCAGAUACCCCUGCUCCUUCACGUCUGCCACUUGUCUUCGAUGAACAACCCUAUGCCGAUCCACAGAUGUUUCGGAAGCUGGCCGGAUCUCUGCAAUACCUAUCCAUCACACGUCCGGACAUUGCAUUUACCACAAAUCGCAUAUGCCAGCAUAUGCAUCAGCCACGCAAUGGAGAUUUUCAGGCUUUAAAGCGUCUCCUCUGCUACAUCAAAGGCUCACUCAACUAUGGCUUACCUAUCAGUUGCGGAUCAAUGCAACUCAGCUCGUACACGGACGCUGAUUGGGCGGCCAAUACCACUGAUCGGAAAUCCAUGUCCGGCUAUUGCACGUACCUCGGCCACAAUCUCAUCUCGUGGUCUGUUAAGAAACAAACAACCGUCGCGCGCUCAUCUACAGAAGCCGAGUAUAGAUCACUCGCCUCCGCCACAUCUGAUAUCCUGUGGAUUCGUCGGCUGGCCGAUGAACUUGGUAUCCCGUAG